UUUGUACCUUUUUGAUAGAAGACCAGAGGGGAUCACGGCUGAAUACUUGACAUACUGGAACUCAAAUGGUGCUACUCAAACACAACCUUGGAGUGAUGGCCUGGGGACAAGAGACUCACUGAGUGCCAAAGGAGACCUCCUCCUCCACACAGACAGCUGCUGCCACAGCUAAUCAUCCUCCAACAUCACAGUGAGAAGAUGGGCCCUCAGGGGGACCCUCGCCUUCUCCACAACCUCUCCUUCCACCCACGAUGGCAACCUCAGCUAGCCAUGGACCACAAACAUAGAAGACCUUUACACCACAAAAGGAACUGUUAUCAGAAUAGUUUAUUGAAAUCACUGUCAUUGUUAUUAUCAUCAUCACUAAGACCACAGCUGCCAUCGUCCCGAGGGAAACUCUCUAUAAACUUACCAAGGCACCGGUUCCUAUUCAUCUUUAUAUUACUAUUAUUUCUACCAUGUCAAGCAUGGGCCACAACCUUCAAAUUGGCACUGGUUGGACCUUGGACAUGUGAUAUCCUGUACUCCAAAGCUCUUCCUGAUGUAGCAGCACGCCUUGCUAUUGCACGCAUCAAUAAAGACCCCUAUCUGAACAAAGGUUACUGGUAUGACUACACUCUAAUCACUGAGGACUGUAAAUCCUCCCGUGCCCUGGCCCGCUUUGGGGAGAUGGAGGGCUAUGGCUCUGCUUUCCUGGGCCCAGCCAACCCCGCAUACUGCUCCUCUGCAGCUCUGUAUGCAAAACAAUGGGAUGCAGGGUUGCUCUCAUGGGCGUGUCUCAAGCCUCACAUGGAACAUAUGCAUCCAAACUUUCUGCGCCCGUUGCCAUUAUCAUCCCAAAUUCUAUUCAAUGUGUUGAGGUACUUCAAGUGGGCGCACGUGGCCAUAAUAUCAGAGGAAAGUGAUAUUUGGAAGGCCACAGGGUAUGAGCUGGCAUCUUCUCUCAGAGCUCUUGGUUUGCCUGUUAAGCCUGUAGUAGUGAUGCGGGGGGACAAAGAUGGACCUCGACGAGCCCUGACCAGAGUAAGAGAGACUGAUCGUGUGCGAGUGGUUGUCAUGUGCAUGCCCUCUGUGCUAAUUGGAGGCCAGACUCAAUACCAGCUCCUGACCACAGCUCUACAAAUGCGUAUGAUUGAUCGUGGAUACGUUUUCAUCCCCUAUGACACCCUUCUCUACUCUCUCCCCUACAAGGAUGUGUCUUAUCCUAUGUUUGCCAAUGACACCAAGCUGCGAAAAGCUUACGACGGUGUCCUCACCAUCACAAUGGACUCUGGGAAAAUGGAUUUCUUUGAGGCCUUCAGAGACGCACAGGAAAAGUAUGAGAUUCGCAGCAGCACAGAGCCAGAGCAGGUAUCUCCAUUCUUUGGGACUAUUUACAACAUGAUGUAUUUCACAGCCAUGGCAGUGGAGCAAGCACGGGUCAGCAGUGGUCGCUGGGUGAAUGGAGAAAUUCUUGCUUAUAAUUCAGAAGGCUUUGAAUUUCAAGGUUUCAACCAAUAUCUCCAAGCUGGUAAAUAUGGUCAAGGCAUGCAAGCCAGAUUUGUAGUGCUCGACUACAGUGGAAUGGGCACAACUCUCUACUCCACUCAUGCUUUGGAGGCUAUUCACAAUGACGGGAAGACUGGAAGUUUGAAGUAUCUUGGUCGCUCCAUACAUUUUGCAGGGAGUACUCCUUACACUGAUUCAAGUUGUUGGUUCAGCCCAUAUUUUGCCUGUACAGGGAUAGAUCCAGUCAUGCAAUUAUUCUUGUUCUUCUUCUUCUUUGCAUUGGCGGGAGGAGCCACAAUUAACGUGAUUUUACGAUUGAAGCGAGGUCGUCUGGUUGGUUUCAGUUUUGGAGGUGGUAAUGGUGGAUCUCCUAAAGUGAUACUCACACUUGAUGACCUGGUUUUUAUUAACACUCAGCUCAGCAAAAGGAAACUUACAGAUGAUAGCAUCUUGAAAAGUCAUAUUGAUAUAAAGACCCCUCACCACUCUGUAUCAGGCAGAAGUUACAUGGCAUCCACACCACAAAGCUCAAAUGUGGCAGUGUUUGAGGGUGAUUGGGUUUGGUUGAAAAAAUGUCCCAGUGCGGUUAAAGGGGUCAAUAACGCAACAGAGGAUAUCUUUGUUAAGCUCAGAGACAUGCGGCAUGAGAACCUAAACCUGUUUCUGGGACUGUUUUUGGACUCUGGGAUAUUUGGGGUUGUGACUGAACACUGCUCUCGAGGCAGCUUGGAAGACCUACUCGGCAAUGAAGACGUGAGACUGGACUGGAUGUUCAAAUCUUCUCUGUUGAUGGAUCUGAUUCGGGGGAUGAAGUACUUGCACCACCGAGGCAUUCUUCAUGGGCGGCUCAAGUCCAGAAACUGUGUUGUCGAUGGUCGCUUUGUGCUGAAGGUCACAGACUAUGGAUUCAAUACGAUAUUACUGACCCAGAACAUUUGCGGAGAUGAAGAGAAACCUGAAGAUCUGUUUUGGACGGCUCCUGAGCUUCUUCGUAAUUCAACAGCAAGAAAAAGAGGCUCCUUUCAGGCAGAUGUUUACAGCUUUGCGAUAAUUGUUCAGGAAGUUAUUAGCCGCUCUGCUCCUUUCUGUAUGCUCGACAUGCCAGCAAAAGAAAUUAUCAGCAAGAUUCGAGAGCCGCCUCCCUUAUGCCGACCAACAGUGUCUGUGGAUGAGGCGCCACUGGAUGUGAUACAAGUGAUGAAACAAGCCUGGAGCGAGGAGCCAGAGAAAAGACCCAACUUCGAGGACAUAUUCAAACAGUUCAAGAACAUCACAAAGGGAAAGAAGACCAAUAUAAUUGACUCUAUGCUGCGCAUGCUGGAGCAGUACUCCUCAAAUCUGGAGGAUUUGAUUCGAGAGAGGACAGAGGAGCUGGAGGUAGAAAGGCAGAAGACUGAUAAACUGCUGGCUCAGAUGUUGCCCAAGUCUGUGGCUCAGGCUCUUAAACUGGGCAAACCCGUAAAGCCAGAGCAUUUUGAUGAAGUUACAUUGUACUUCAGUGAUAUUGUGGGAUUUACUACUAUCUCAGCUCUUAGUGAGCCCAUUGAGGUAGUUGACUUACUGAAUGACCUCUAUACCUGUUUUGAUGCCAUCAUCGGGUCUCACGAUGUCUAUAAAGUAGAAACUAUUGGAGAUGCUUACAUGGUAGCGUCAGGGGUCCCAAACAGGAAUGGAAAUCGUCAUGCAGCAGAGAUGGCCAACAUGUCUCUGGACAUCUUACACUGCAUCGGAACAUUCAAAAUGAGGCACAUGCCUGAACUCAAAGUCAGGAUUCGAAUCGGCCUCCACUCUGGCCCUGUGGUAGCUGGAGUAGUGGGUCUCACCAUGCCUCGGUACUGUCUGUUUGGGGACACGGUCAACACUGCAUCACGAAUGGAGUCCACGGGGUUGCCUUAUCGGAUUCAUGUCAAUCAGAGCACAGUUGAUGUUUUGAAGAGCUUGAAACUGGGAUACAAGAUAACCACAAGAGGCCUGACAGAGCUGAAGGGGAAAGGCGUUGAAAACACAUACUGGUUAGUGGGGAGAGAGGACUUCACCAAACCACUGCCUAUUCCACCCGACCUUCAAGGGGGAAGUAAUCAUGGUAUAAGUUUAGAAGAAAUCCCAGUAGACAGGCGACAGAAAUUUUUGGAUCGACAAAAGAAGAUGGGGUAAACUGACAGUGACUCUUUUU